UUAAAAUCCUAGUCCCUGGACCAGCAGCAUCAGCUAGUUUACAGGGCUUGUUUACAAUGCAAUACUCAGGGCUUGUUUACAAUGCAAAGUCUUGCCCUGCCCCAGACUUAAUCAGAAACUCUGGAGUGGGAGCCACCAACCUGUUUUAACAAGCCCUCCAGGAGACCCGGAUGCAAGACUAGCUCUGAGAACCUGUAUUGCGUGCUUGAAGUCAGCCCAUUCCAUCUUAGAACUGUUCUAGGAGAUGGGAUAAUCAUCUGCCUCCUGUAGUUGAGGACACUGAGGCACAGAGAAUCCCCCCAGAUCUCACAGCCAGUAGGGGGCAGAACUGGCCUUUCCACCUGGCUCCAGAAUCCUCUCUCUCAACCCCUAUGCUAUAGUGUCUCUCCAACAAUAAUGUAAAAAUAGUUCCAGUAAUAACAUGAAAAGAACAGCUGACCUUACUGAAUACACGUUCGGUGCUAAGCCCUCAAUUCUCCCAACAGCCCCAUCAGGCAAGUACAUUUUAUGGAUGAGGGAAACCAAGGCAUAGGUGGUUAAGGAACUUGAUCAGUAUCACCCAUCUAGAAAAUGACUUAGCUGGCAUCUGAAUAUUUGUUCGCUUAACAGGUUCUCAUCAACUUCACGUUUCUAUGUCCACGUGUAUCCUCCAUGAUCCUCAUGGACUCUUGGCCCCACCUCAAUUUAUCAUUUUGGUGUCCGUGUCUCUCUCUUUCUGCCUCCAGGUUCAAAUGUUCUUGGAGGGAAUGUCUGUCUUGCUCUUAACUUACAGACCAAUGGCCACCCUCACCUCUGUCUGUCAGGGUCAUUUAUCCAGCCCUGACCCAACCAGCUGGUCAUGGGUACACAAUGUGGCCACUAUAUCCAGCAGGACUCUUAAUAGCGAUGUCAGAAUCCUAACUCAAACUGAAGGGAGAAAGAAUAAAUGAUUUGGAGCACAUAUAACUGCAAAGACUGAGGGUGUUUCUAUCUUCAGUCUUAGCUAGAUUAAGAAUUUUCAACUGCAGAUUUGAAAAGUCCAUUUUUCUCCCAGUCCAUCUUCUUCUUCCCUUCUAUUCUCUCUCUGUUAGCUUUAUUCUCAAGUAGAUUUUCCUCUUGUGGUAGCCGCAAGGCUUUGGCAACUUCAAGCUGACAAUUCUACCAGCUUCAGUGCCUUUGCAAAAAUAUAACAUCCUUUUCCCAGUGACCCCAGCUAAAGUCCCAGGCUUGCCACCCAAGGCUUCGCCUGUCCAAUUAUUGUGAACCAGAGGAGGGAAGAAUAAUCUGAUUAGCCAGCCCUGGGGUUCUGUACACAACCCUGGAACCUGAAUGUGGAAUCACCUCAGUCCACAUGUUGAAAGUAAGGAUGGAUAGUUGCCAAAAAGCAAGCGGAGGUUAUUAUUGUCAGAAGGGCAGAGAGGCCAAGAAAAGACCUCCACCACUAGAAUCCACUGACAGGUUCCUUAUGGACCCAAACAAGCAGCAUAGGAGGUGGGAUCACUUGGUGGUUCAAGUAAUGGUCAACCCUUUCAACAGGGGCUGGGAUUGCCAGGGAAAGACCCCCUAAAAGACAAAGAGCAGGGAAGCCACAUUAGUCAUAUCUUGGAUACACUUAAGUAGCUAGCACACUGCAUAGUGCGCAGACACUGUUCAAUCACUGCCGGUUGUUACUGCUGUUAGGAUUAAUCUAAGGGGAGGUCUUCCGGGAACGAUGCAAUCUGAGGGUGCCGGGGAAGCGGAGGGCAGGCCCCUGGCUUGCCUGAGUCUGACAAGCCACCUCUCCACAGCCAUGCGGUGCCCCCCGCACAGCCACUACAGCCUGUGUGUGAACCCCUGUCCCGCGGCCUGUGCGGGUGUUCAGGAGGUGGUACAGCUCCCCACUCCCUGUGCUGAGGGCUGCGAGUGCGAUGAUGGAUUCUUCCCCGCCAAGGGUGACUGCGUCCCUGUGGACCACUGUUCUUGCUUCCACAAUGGCCUGUACUUCCCUCCUGGCCAGACUAUCCUCAUCAAGAAUUGCUCCUCCUCCUGUACCUGCCACCUAGGGGAAGGUGUGGCCUGUGUCCCCUUCAGCUGCCCUACGGAGGAGGUCUGUGGCAUCACAGAUGGAGUCCUAGGCUGUCGAUUGCAAGCCACCUUGGCCUCUGCCCCUAGCUCUGUGGCCCCACCACUGGUUUCCCCACCAUUGCUCCCCAGUCCCAGUCCCCAGUGCCCAGAAAACUCCCGCUUUGUUCCCUGUGGGUCUGCAUGUCCAGCCACGUGUGCCAACCCCUCAGCCCCAGAGCACUGUAGCCACCCCUGUGCUCCUACCUGCCAGUGCCUGCCUGGCUACCUGCUGCAGGAUGGCCAGUGCAUGCCCCCUGCACACUGCUCCUGCUUCCUGCACCAAGGCCGUACUUUCUGGACAGACAACUGUACUUGGCACUGCCACUGCCCAACCCUUGGGGCCCUGGUGAGCAAACUUCCCCAGUGUUGGCCUGACAAGUGCCAUGGUCACUGCAAGGCCUUCACAAGUGGCUGGUACCACUGCCUGUCAGCCCAGUCCUCACCCAGUCCCACUGUCCUGGAGAAGCCACUGGUGUGCACUGCCUCUGGAGACUUCUACUUCCACACAUUUGGAGGAGCUCACUACGAAUUCCCUGGCUCCUGUGUCUAUCGCCUGGCGGGUCUCUGUGACACAGCCCAUGCCGACCUUGAGCCCUUCAGCCUGGAUUUGACCCCACUGCUGCGGCCACGUGGCUGGGCCAAGGCCCUGACCCUCUUAGCCUGUGGCCUGAGGCUGGAUCUGAGUCCAGAAGAUCUCAACCACAUCCGGGUGGACGGAAUUCUGGAAUCGCUGCCCUUCUUUCACGGCCACUGCCUCCGUGCCUACUACCAAGGCCGCCAGCUCUGUGUAGACACGGACUUCGGCCUCUCACUCACCUACGAUUGGGACAGCCUGGCACGUGUAACGCUGCCGAGGCCCUACGGACCCUACCUGUGUGGACUCUGUGCCCAAAGAGGCCCGAGCAGCCCCACGGUGCCGUUGCCCGACAUCUGGAAGGUGGCAGAAGUGCCAGGCUGUGGCCCAGUCUGCGGGCCCCUCUGCCAUAACCAGUGUCCAGUGUCCACGCGCACUCGAUUCGCUGGAGACGCGUACUGCGGGCUGCUGGCGGGGGCCGAGGGUCCCUUGGGGCCAUGCUACGCUGCGCUGGACCCGCUCCCAUUCCUGGACAACUGCCUGGACGACGUGUGCCGCCACCACGGAGCCCGUCCCAUCGUCUGCCGAGCCCUGGCCGCCUUCACUGUCGCCUGUCAGGCUCUGGAUGUGCACCUGCGGCCGUGGAGGACGCCUGACUUCUGUCGUGAGUGUGCGGGGCUUGGCAUACAUACUGGGUGAAGCUCCUAAGAGCUGGGAUUUGGGACACCGAGGGACGGACGCGGGAGGACCAAUGAAGAAGUUCAGGCCUGGGUGGGUGGGGCCAGGUGAAGAAGGGUGGGACUUGAAGAAGAGUUAGACCUGGAUGGGGCAGCAGUUUAAUUAACGACAUCUUCCUGUCUUUUGUGUCCGUCUCUUUUUCUGUCUGUCUCUCCCGUGCCUCUGUGUCUCUCUGUGUCUCCCUUUCU